CGGUAAGUAGUCCAUGCAUGGGCAAGCAGACGAAUUUACUUGACAUCGUGCGCACACGUUAAAACCGCGGUAAAUACUGAACGGUCAUACUUGAUAAUUGCCUUUUUUUUCGUUUUCCCAUAAAGUAUGAGUGUUGGCACCUUCAAGUUUGUCACAACACUACACACUACAACACGCAGUGCCUAAGAAAUACAGGGAUUAAAUCAAGCUUUUAACCCAUUGCUUGCACAUGAUGAGUUCAACACCUACUCCUUUCAUUUCCUGUCGAGGAACCCAUGGAGUCCAAGUCUUUGAAGGGACACAUUUCCAACCUGUUGAAGAAUUUAAAAAUGAAUCCAGUAAAACUUGCAGGCUGGCUAUGUGGAGCACAGACGGGAAAUAUUUAGCAUGGGCUAAUGGAUCAGUUGUUAGUGUUGCUGAAACAGAGAAAUGGAGUGUAAUUGCUACAUUUCCAAAACCGAAAACAUCUGGAUUGCAAUUUUCCCCUAAAGGAAAUUUCCUUGUAACAUGGGAGCCUUAUCAAGUUACAAAGGACAUACCAGUUAAUACUCCAAACCUGCAUAUUUGGAAUCUUCAGACCAAACAAAGUGUCAAAUCUUAUGUUCAAAAAAACCAUUCUAAAUGGGAGCCAUCCUGGAGUAAGGAUGAAAAACUGUUGUCCCGUAACCUGAAUCUUGAGCUUCAAGUGUAUGAAGUUGAUAAAAUGGAUUCCAUCAGUCAAAGAUCUGAUGCAAGUCUCAAGAUUAGUGAUUACUCAACAUCUCCAGGGUAUUCUCCAUAUUUCUUCCUCUGUUAUAUCCAAGGUUCUAAGGGUCAGCCUUCAUUUGCCAAGCUGUUCAAAUAUCCAAACCUAAAUCCAUCUGGAUUGGUCGCUUCCAAAAGUUUCUUUCAAGGUGAUCGUGUUGAAAUGAAGUGGAGCAAACCAGGAAAUUGUGUUUUGCUUAUGACAUCAACUGAUGUUGAUACUUCUGGAGCAUCUUAUUAUGGAAAACAAACAUUACAUUUCCUUGACGUGAAAGGCACAUCGGCAAUGGUCCAACUGCCUAGAGAUGGACCAAUUUAUUCAGUUGAGUGGAAUCCAAACGGAACCGAGUUUUGUGUCGUUUACGGAUUCAUGCCUGCGAAAGCCACACUAUAUGAUUUGAAGUGUGAGGCCAAGUUUGAUUUUGGUACUGGCCCGCGGAAUUCGAGUUUUUACAACCCUUUGGGGAACAUUCUUCUUCUUGGUGGUUUUGGUAACCUUCAGGGCAAGAUUGAAAUUUGGGACACACAAACACUGAAACUAAUAUCACCAAUGGAUGCUCCUGAUACAACUCACUUACAAUGGAGUCCUGAUGGACAACAUUUCAUGACUUCGACAACUGCUCCACGACUUCGGGUGAGCAAUGGUUUCAAAAUCUGGCAUUACAGCGGCGGAUUGCUGUUUGAACAUAAUAUUCAGUCUCCUAAUGAGCUGUGGGAAGCAACUUGGCAGCCCAUGCCAGAUGGUUAUUUAAAAGAUUUCAAGGUUUCCACAAAAAAAGUGGCUGGUAUCAAACCAUCUCAACCUCAAGUUUCAAAAGAACUUUAUCGACCUCCGGGUGCACGAGGAACAAGCGCAAUCUUGAAAUUUUUAGAAGAAAGGGAGGCUCCGUCUAAUCCAAAGGCUGUGAAACCAGUUGAAAAAGGACCGAGUCAAGUUAAACCAAAUAAACGCAAUGAACGUAAAAUCAAGAAAGCGGCAGCUGAAAAAUCCUCAGUCCCAGUCGAGAGUUCGCCUCCUAUAGAUACAACAGGAAUUACGUCUGAUGUCCAAUUUGAACUUACUGGAGACGAAACAACUGAUAAAAAGCUAAAGGACCUUAAGAAGAAGCUUGACCAGAUCGCACGUCUGAAAGCUGAACAGUCCGCCGGAAAGAAAUUGGAGGUAAAUCAAGUCGAGAAGAUUCAGAAAGAAAGCGAAUUAACGAAGCAGUUGAUGGAAUUGUCUCUGAAAAAGAAGUGAGGAUGUUUGUUAAGUGAAAACGAUGUUUCAACAUUCAUUUUAUUGAACAUUGAAUAUCCCUGGACAAUAUAAAUCAAUUGCCAGUAAAAAUGAA